GGUCCUGCAUCGGUGCCCUGGUCUGCACAUCCGCCCAUCGGGCCGGCCGCAUGUCGCUCGCGAUUGUCGUUCUCCUGGGUCUCCCUGGAGCGGGCAAGUCGACUCUCUGCGACACCCUGGUUCGCUCGCAGACACACUCCCAUGUCGUCGUCCUCGCUUUCGACAGGCUGUUCCAAGAAUGGAUUGCGCCAGACCCAGACUCAGACCCAGACCUGCUCGGGCCUGCUGAUGCGGAAGCCUCGCCGCUUGCUGGUGCCCUGGCAUUCCCGCGGAUCGACUUCAAAGAUGCCCGCAUGAGUCUGGUGGCCCUAUUAGACGAGCACAUCAUCCCGGCUCUCCUCGGCCAACGACCCCUGGCGACAACCCCAGCAGUCGCACCGCUGAUGGAUCGCUGGCUCAGCUCACAGUCUCCAGUCUGCUCCUGCUUGGCAGCCAAUGAGUCUCGUCAGAGCAACCAUGCCAACCGCAUCGACAUCACGGACCAAACUGAUUCUGCCAGCCAGCCAGAUCAUCUCAUCGUUAUCGACGAUAACAACUAUUAUCUGUCGAUGCGCAGAGCUUACUACGAGGUCGCAUUCAAAUACCGCCUUAGCUAUGUCCAACUCUUCCUGCCAUGUCCACUCGACGUAGCCCUCGAUCGCAAUCUCUCUCGGCCCUGUGGUCAGCGUGUGUCUGAUCGUAUCAUCCAAAGGAUGUGGGACCGAUUUGAGCUGCCCCAAGGUUGCCCCGACAGCCGCCCUCGAGAGAAGCAAAGGCACACCAACGAGCCAUGGGACGCCGAGCUGACAAUCGUAGUUGGAGACGAAGAAAACUGGAUUCCCCGUAACAGGGAGGCAUGGCUGCAGAUCUUCGAGGCAUCGAAGCAACACCAUGAUUGGAGAAGCAGGGAGCUCGCUUCCCGUUCCAGGCUUGCUGCUCAGAAGGAAAAGGACAGGGCCACAACAGCCAGCAACAGGGUGCACCAGCUUCAUUGCUCGUUGAACCGCAUCAUCGGCGAAGCCAUCUCAUCAAUCCUUGCGCGAACGCCGAGCGAGGGUCGUCGAAUGAAAGAAGUGUCGCGACUGUGCUCGCAGCUGAAGAAGCGCUUCCUUGCCGAGCUGAGCCCUCAAGAGUUGCAGUCGGCUCACGGGCUGCAUGAGAUUGAAGAACAUUUCAGGGCCCAAUUGGAGGAAGGCCUACAGCAGAGCGAUUCAUGAACUGGGCAUUGGAUGUCUCUGGCUAUGGUGGAGCUGAAAUUUAGUUGGAGAAUCCGAGUCUCCGUGGGAUGGGUGUGUAUUCGAGACCCAGAGAAAGCGGCACACCUAGCUUAUAGUCGGUCCAGAAAAACGGAACAGUCACUUCCUGGCUUCAGCGGCCUGCAGCCUGCCGAACUUCCGUAGGCCCCAGUGAGCAAGCCGUGAGAUUGUUUCCCGUCCUGGUUGGCAAUCGAGUGGUUUUGGUUGGUUUGGGAAGCAUGGUCUUGAAUACACCCGGUCGAUCUCCUGUGGCGAUGAUC